AAAGAAAGGUAAAGAGAGUGUGAAUAGUUCAAAGAAAAAGGAUACUGGAGCAGAGAAGAGAGGAAGGAGGAGGAGGAGGAAGAGGAGGGUACAUUGAACCCCGGUUUAGAGAGAUAAGUGAUGGGGAGGGAAACUGCGAAUGAAAAUCAGACAUAAGAGAAAGCGGGAAAAUACACACUCACCACAACAUUAUCCCGAGUUUUGUCGCGCUUGGGACGAUGCGUAACGUAAAUCGAAAAAAAAUUAGUCUAUUAUUGAAAAAAAAGCAAAACAAAAAAAAAAACAACAACAGUGUAUUUAUAUAUAAAAUUAUUAAUAAAAUAAUUUAAACAAGUUAGCAAAACAACAGCGGCCGAAUGUGUUGUGCGAAUUGAUUUAUUACAGGGAAGUGGCAUGAAUUGUGCGAAGAUAAUGAGAACAGAUCACUUUAAUUUCUAUAGUGCGCCCUCUAUCCAUAUAUAUAUUACCUUCCUGUGCCCAUAAUUAUACGCAGAUACUGUUAAUGGUCGCAUCAUAAUAAUUCAUCGUCUCAAAUUAAGUCAUUUCCAUUUGCAGAUUGGACGUAUUCAAGUAUUUACUGCUGUCCCGUGGUUCUGGACGACGUAGUCAAAGUUGGCGUUGGAUGAGAACAAAGAAAGCAGGACAACAGUCACAAUGUGCAUUACCGACGCAGCAGCAGAUGCACGAUUUGCAAAGAUCAACAGAUCGGCUUCCUGGGAGUUAGCACGACACGACACAGCAGUACCGAUGAUCGUCCGGUGGCCAAAAAUGGUGCGUCCUGCCAGCGGUUUGUUGCUGCUCGUGUUGCUGUUUGGUGUUUGGUUCGAGCUGUCCGACGGUUGGCGUUAUGACAGAGUGCCUAGACUGUAUGGAGACAAGGUGCCGACGAAGGCAAUUUCGCCGCGAUUGCGCAAAGUCCAGCGACGGAUCGUGAUGCUGCACGACUCGUACCGCACCAAGGUGGUACCACCGGCGGCGAAUAUGCUAAACAUGAAAUGGCACCACGGAGCGGCCCGAUCGGCACAGAAAUGGGCAAAUCAGUGCCGCGUGCUGACGCACGAUACACCGAAGGGACGGUGGAUCGACAACUUUGGUGCCUGCGGCCAGAACAUCUUCGUCUCGACGCAUCGCGUACCGUGGAUGUUCGCACUACGGACGUGGUUUUUGGAGCGACAGAACUUUACGUACGGUUCCAGCAGAAACGUUCUCGACAGUGUCGGCCACUACACGCAGAUGGUGUGGGCCGCCACGCACAAGGUCGGCUGCGGGUUGACGAAGUGUCCGAAGGGUGGUCCACGAGGGAAACCGUUCUACAACUACGUCUGCAACUACUGUCCCAUCGGAAAUCAUGAGGAGAAACUGGGUCUUCCCUACAAACGUGGUCGGCCCUGUGGUUCCUGCCAGCCGAACUGCCUUUCCCGUAAAAUAAGACUCUGCACCAACUCGUGCAAUACCGCGGACCUGUGGGCGAACUGUCGCGAUCUUUACCGCACGUGGCCCGGCUGGCUGUGCAAUACGGCCACCUCGGAGGGACUGGAACGUCAGCGAAACUGUGCGGCUACGUGCACCUGCCACGGGAAGAUACACGACUGAUGUGAUGUGACUAGCAUCGCGGCAACUUCUGGGUACUUCUAGGCCAGUGCCAUUAAGCCAUUUCACUUUCAUUUCACAUCGCACUAGGAUAUCCCUGACGGGGGUUUUUAUCUGUUUUAGGGGGUUCAUCGUUUUUUUUUAGAGGUUAGGUUCUAGCUGUACGAUUAUCCGACGGAAGCUCAAUGUGAUGGGGACAUUUUAGGAGCGUUGGGUUUGGGAAAUAGGGAUUUAUCUAGGAAGAAGUUAAAAAAAAAACACCGUUUUGGAACUAGCUACUAUGAUAAACACUGUAAAAGGAAAGAGAGGGUGAAGAAUUAAAUAGUCAACAAAAAUUACUGUUUGGUAGGUUCGGUUUUGUGAUGUAAAUAGAGGGUGGAAGGAUGGAUUAAAUUUCCUCAAUCCAAAAGCACGUGCCGUGGUUCAUUCUC